CUGCUCCGUACCUAUUUUCACUCAUUUAAGUGACAUUUUGGUUUUAGUAUAUUGUUAGAAAUCCCAAAACAAUCAAGACAACGGCCACAUCUUACUGAAUUUCAUAAUUCGAACCCAGCACCUGAUGCAACUUCGGCCAGCCAAUUUCUGAGGAAAAUGUCCGCUGCGUCGGAUCAGGACCAAGUUGAAUUGAUGCUUAAGAAGACGGGCUGCAUAGAGCUCCACUACAAGGUCCAGGAGUGUAUUGCCGAGACCGGUGACUGGCGGGCGUGCCAGGACAAAGUGAAAGAGUUUCGGGCGUGCAUGCAGAAGUACGUGGAGCAGCAGACCCAGAAGUAUGCCCACGUCAAGUAG